CUGUUGCGUGCUGAGUGUGUGUGGGUACGUGUGUUGUUGUCUAAAUAAAAUGGGGCAGUGCAGGCGACAGUAGCAGCAGUUGCAGCUGAGGGAUAACAUGAGGACUGCGGUCCUGUGGGGCCUGCUGGCCCUGCUGUGCCAGCACACACUGGUAAGCAGCCACGUACUGGGAAGGCCCUCUUCUACCGGGGAGCUGGCUCAGAUCAAGUCUCUACUGGAACGCUUUGAGGACACUCUGGCUGACGUGGCCCAGGAGGAGGACUCUGAAGCUGAUUACGAAGGGACAAACCAGCAGCCUGAGAACGGCCAGGCCAGCAGGGGAUGGAACCUGGACCAGGAGGGGGACCAAGGACCCUUAAUGUCAGAAAAAUCGCAAUUAUCAGCUGAGGGUCCCAGUGCAUCCCAGACUCAGAGGAGGCGACUGCAGGACCUGCUGUUGACUGCCAGGAAAAGAGCCUCCGGCUGCUUUGGAGCCAGGAUGGACCGGAUAGGAAAUGCUAGCGGUCUGGGAUGCAACAAUGGAAGAGGGUAGUUGGACAAUUACCCAGGACACUGGUUGGAUUAAAGUUUGAUCUCCGACGGGACACAACCAAAGAAAUGUCACAUGUAUGAUUUUGCAGUAGUCACAGUGGAGUAUGUACGUUUGUAUGUUUUUCUCUGUUUGAAGUCACAAAUGGGUUCCUUGUUCACUAUGUAAUGAGUUUUAAAAAGUCCAUUAUACACUGAGGACACCCUAAAAGAGAGUUAACUACUUAAGUGUAGGUGGUUGCUAACGAAUAAACCAAUGAAUACACUUUUUUCAUAUGUAUGAAGGGUUUGUUUUGUUAGCCUCCACCAUUUGGUAAUGCAGAAACUCAACAUUGCCUAAAAAAGUAAAAAUAAAGACAUUGUAAAUCCACGAUUGUGCCAAGUCAUUAAAUACAUUUUAAUUAAAUUGUAAUCUUAAAUGUGUAUUUGAAAUUAUUUUUAGUAUGACUUGACUGACUUUAAAUCUACGAUUUGGCACGAUAUUUAACCCCUCGCGGUGGCACUGGGUAAAAAGUCACAGGAUCACCAAAGUAAUUAGAGUAUAUUCUCUGAGAAGCAAAGAUAUAUUGAAAACAUUCAGGACAAUCCAUUCGUGAUUUGUUAAGAUAUUUCCGUGUGGAACCAAGUGGUGGAUGUACUUGCUAGUGUUUCUAAAUAAAUGAAGUUAUUACGUAUGAGAUAAAAGGUAAACUAUUAUUACCUCUUUACAAUGUUUACCAUUUAAACCACGUCUCUCACCAAAAGCAUGCAGGGUGAUUAGGAACAGAAAAUGGAUUUCAUGUCAUGCUUCUAACUUGCUGUCAAACCCAUAGAUUGUUGAGAGAGAGAGGAAGUGAUCACUUGGGGAUCAUGGCUGUGAUUCACCAUUAACUAAUGUAGUCUAAAUGCAUUUGACAGGCAGUAAGAAGGAGAUGUCACUGUGGGUUAUGACAACGUCAUUGACAGACUGUUCUGUCCAGUGGCAUUAAGGAAAUAACAGGGAUCAAUUAGAGCAUUUCACCUGGUGGCAGCAACCACCCACACGGAUGCCACAGUAAAGCAAUUCAAACGGACCUUGCUUCCGUUGAUGCCUUUGGAAAUGUCCAGAGCUGAAGAGGUGAAGGCUGCUGAUAAUAGCUGCAUUCUUUCCACCUGGACCUCACUGACCGGCUGCUCACAGGGGUCCCUGAACAAAAUGACCUUAUUGCUUGGGACUGGAUCUAUCACAGUGGCUCACGCUCUCUUGAGUAAGUCUGAACCUGAACAAGAUUGUACAAUUGUCAUUCAUGUUGCAAAAAAGGUUCUGUAAAUACCUUGAACAAAGCCGUCAUUUAUAAAACCAAAACCCAGCUAUGGCGA